UGAGUAAUACUAGGCAACGUCGUUGAGUUUUGAUGUUGCUGUCAUGGAUUUCGAUUGAUCCAAUAAACAAUUAAUCAAUUCCUCGUCGUUUUGCAUUUGCUUAUAUAUAAUACUGCAUACACACACGCGAUGUAGAAUUACUCGAAGUCUAGCUGCUAACGUCAAGCAUCUUCCGCCGGUCACUUGACUUUUUCCCAAUCGCCGAUUUUCCAUAUAAACAGAGUUAUUGAGCGAUAGAGAAAGCUGCAAUUCUGCUGAUUAUUGUUUUAGCGUUUAUUCGUUUUCAUUUAAGGCGCUGAGGAAAAUAUGGAGGGAGACGACAAAUCGGAGAGCUCAGGUUUGAGGAAGAGGAGGAUGUGCUCGUGCACAAAGGACGAUUUUCUCCCUGAAGAAUCGUUCAAGAGCUGGGGCAACUACGUGAGUGCAUUCAAACAGACUCCGGCCCGGCUGUUGGACCGGGUCACGACCCGGUCGAGCUUGGAGGCCGAGCUGGAGGUCAAGGCUCGCAGUGGUGGCCAGAUGAAGAAGACGCUUAAUUGGUGGGAUUUGAUAUGGUUUGGCAUGGGUGCUGUCAUCGGCGCCGGAAUAUUCGUUCUCACCGGACAGGAGGCUCACAACCACGCCGGCCCCGCCGUCGUGCUAUCCUACGCCUUCUCCGGCCUCUCCGCCUUGCUCUCGGUGUUCUGCUACACGGAGUUCGCCGUCGAAAUUCCUGUUGCGGGUGGUUCAUUUGCCUACUUGAGGGUGGAGCUCGGCGAUUUCGUGGCGUUCAUAGCCGCCGGAAACAUCCUUCUUGAAUACAUCAUAGGCGGAGCAGCGGUGGCGCGUUCAUGGACAUCCUACUUCGCGACGCUCUGCAACCACCAACCAGAAGAUUUCCGCUUCCAGGUAGACGGUCUAGCGAAAGACUUCAACCAGCUCGACCCCAUCGCGGUGGGCGUCAUCAUAGUCAUCUGCAUCUUCGCGGUGCUAAGCACGAAAGGCUCCUCCCGCCUCAACUACAUCGCCUCCGUCGUCCACAUGGUCGUCAUCAUCUUCAUCAUCAUCGCCGGCUUCAUCAAGGCCGACACCAAGAACUACACGCCCUUCGCACCGCACGAAGUCCGCGGCAUCUUCAAGGCCUCCGCGGUGCUCUUCUUCGCCUACGUGGGCUUCGACGCCGUCUCCACCAUGGCGGAGGAGACCAAGAAUCCGGCCAGAGACAUCCCCAUAGGCCUCGUGGGGUCGAUGGUGAUCACCACCACGAUCUACUGCGUGCUAGCGGUGGUUCUCUGCCUCAUGCAACCGUACGACGACAUCGACGUCAACGCGCCCUUCUCGGUGGCGUUCAAGAAGGUGGGGUGGGGCUGGGCUCAGUACGUCGUCGCCGCCGGCGCGUUGAAGGGCAUGACGUCGGUCCUCCUCGUCAGCGCCGUCGGGCAGGCUCGGUACCUCACGCACAUAGCGAGGACGCACAUGAUGCCGCCGUGGUUCGCCCGGGUCGAUCCGAAGACGGGGACGCCGAUCAUCGCCACCAUCGUGAUGCUCGCCGCCACGGCGGUGAUCGCCUUCUUCACGGAUCUUGGAGUGCUGGCAAACUUGCUCUCGAUCGCGACGCUCUUCAUCUUCAUGCUGGUGGCGCUGGCGCUGAUCGUGCGGAGAUACUACGUGAGCGGCGUGACGACGGAGGGGAACCGGAGGAAGCUGGUGGUGUUCCUGGUGCUGAUCCUGGCGUCGUCGAUCGGGACGUCGCUCUACUGGGGUGUGAGCGAGGACGGCUGGAUCGGGUACUGCGUGACGGUGCCGGUUUGGAUCCUGGCGACGGUGGGGCUGUGGCUCUUGGUGCCGCAGGCGCGCGCGCCGAAGCUGUGGGGCGUGCCGUUGGUGCCGUGGCUGCCGUCGGCGUCGAUCGCGAUCAACAUCUUCUUGCUGGGAUCCAUAGACGGGAAGUCGUUCGUGAGGUUCUCGGUGUGGUCGGCGUUCCUGCUGGUGUACUACUUGCUGUUCGGGCUUCAUGCGUCGUACGACACGGCGAAGUUGUACGAGUUGGAGGCGGCUCAGGGCAAGACGUACAGGAACGUCGAGGAGGGCAGAGUGCCGCAACCGGCCGCGGCGGCGGAGGAGGAUAAGACCGUAGGCGCCGAUGGCGGGAAUGCUCUUUAGAUUAAAUUUUUUUUAUUUGCUCAUAAGUUGCUUUCCUGUGUCUAUUCAGUAUUCAUUCUCGUGUGCAUAGAUAUCACUACCGUUUUCCUCUUCUCGUUAAGAUGUUAUGAUUGAUUAAAAAAUUCCUAUUGCUUUUCUUUGUGGAUUAUUGAAUCAAUCGAAUUUAUUCAAAACCA